AUGAUGUCUCGCUCUCUGAGGUGGUUCUUUUCUGUCACGCUCUCACUAGCGAGUCAUCGUCAAGGCGGUCCUACUUCUUCCCUGGCAGCAGCCUGGAGGCAUCCUCCUGCUAGUACGUUCAUCUCAUCUCGAAAAAUAACACAGUAUCACAGGUCAUUGGUGUCCAUAUCAUUGUUAUCCUUGGCACAAGUGGCUAGUAGAAUCCACCAUCGUGACCUUGCUAUAUCAUUGUUUCAUCAUCGUGAUACCAAUCAUGACUAUGGUGGUGGUGGUGGUGGUGAUUCCAAUCAUACUGAUGAUAAGAAUAAUAUAUUACAGAACAAACAGAAACUCGUCGGCCCAUUGAUCCAACCACCAAGACCCAACGGCAAUACCUAUUGGGUGAUUCCCAAUGCCUUUCUUGCUGGGGAAUAUCCAGGAGCUGCUACUCCAGAGGCGUCCCAACAAAAAUUGCGAGCCUAUUUGGAUCUUGGCGUGACUUGCUUUUUUGAUUUGACCUUUCCGGGCGAAAAACCCGAGUACGAAUCCAUUCUCAAGGAGGAGGCAGCCUUGAGGAAUCGGCAACAUAAUUCUAGCCGACCAGUGGAAUACCAUCGAUAUUCCAUUCCCGAUUUUGGGAUUCCUUCCAAUCCCAAUCUCAUGAAGGAACUUUUAGAAGACAUGAAUCAAGCCAUGAACGAACGGAACCAAACCAUUUACGUCCAUUGUCGAGGCGGCAUUGGUCGAACUGGAACCACGGUCGGUUGCUUUUUGAAGCAAUAUGGGAAUUAUGAUAAUGGGGACGAAGCACUGCAAGAACUGAAUCGAUUGUUUCAGACGUCUGGAAGAAGCCUGGAAAGUUCGUUUUCACCUGAAACUCCCGAUCAAAUUCGUUUUAUAAAGGAAUGGAACUCCAAAUGA